CACUGACGUCACGUCCGGCAUUAAUUUGCGCGGGAAUCGCGAGAAACCUUUUUUUGGGGGGUCGCAACUUUCCUUCCGUCCAACUCCGGACGAAUUUACUUUUGUCAAAUAUAAAAUACAUAUAUACCCUUGUAAAAGUAAAUCCACGCCGUUGUUAGUAAUACACAUCACGUACGCAACACGUUUGUGUGUGCGUGUUAAAUCUUAUUUUGUGUGUGUUGAGUCUUACGGAGCGCGAGAGGACGGCGAUGGUGGUGGUGGAGGCGACGGAUGGCGGCGGCGGCGGUGGUGAGAAGGUGGCAGAGAAGACGAUGAAUCUGGUGGAGCAGAACGGAGAUCAGCAGCAGCAGAAGAUGAUGGAGGAGGUCCAGCAAGAGUUGACGGCGGACAAGAGGCCAAAGGUUGCCCAGAAGGUCCAAGCAGAGGACGAGGAGCAGCAGAAGACCGCGACGAAGGCGGUCGGCCACCGGCAGAAGCAGACCGACGACGUGGAGAUGGAUGAUGAGGAUGAUGAUGAUGAGAAGCGUGGUCACGAUGAACACGAGUACCUGGACCUCGUCCGCCAGGUGCUUAAGCGGGGCCGUCUCAAGGGAGACCGGACGGGAACUGGGACCAGGUCCAUGUUCGGGAUGCAGGCUCGCUACAGCCUCCGAGGGCAGUUUCCGCUGCUGACGACCAAACGCGUGUUCUGGAAGGGGGUGCUGGAGGAACUGCUGUGGUUUAUAAAGGGGUCCACCAAUGCCAAGGAGCUCUCCGCCAAGGGCGUCAAGAUCUGGGACGCCAACGGCUCGCGGGCCUUCCUGGACCGGCAGGGCUUCCCCGAGCGCGAGGAGGGAGACCUGGGUCCUGUCUACGGCUUCCAGUGGCGCCACUUCGGCGCCGACUACACCGACAUGCACGCUGACUACACGAACCAAGGCCUGGACCAGCUUCAGCAUGUCAUCGACACUAUCCGGACAAACCCUGAUGACCGACGCAUCAUUAUGUGUGCCUGGAACCCAAAAGAUGUGCCACUCAUGGCGCUGCCUCCAUGCCACGCACUGUGCCAAUUCUACGUCGCGGAUGGAGAGCUGUCAUGCCAGCUGUACCAGCGAUCGGCUGACCUGGGACUUGGGGUGCCCUUCAACAUCGCCAGCUACGCACUGCUCACCUACAUGAUUGCACACAUCACUGGUCUCAAGCCUGGAGACUUCGUCCACACCCUUGGAGAUGCUCAUGUCUACGUCAACCAUGUAGAGCCGCUGAAAACACAGCUGCAACGGGAGCCGCGCCCAUUCCCGACGCUGCACAUUCGCCGCACGGUGACGUCAAUCGACGACUUCCGUUCCGACGACUUUGAGCUGCGAGACUACAACCCCCACGCAGCCAUAAAAAUGGACAUGGCCGUUUAGAACGAGUGCUUAGCCAUGACCGCCCCUUUUUGUGUCGUCUCCCUAUUCCGUUGGUCUCUGCUUCACACCUGGUGAUUCGACCAGACUCAAGUUCACUCUGCCCAGAUCCUGCAUGGCCAUGCACCAUUGCACAUUAGCAAUCCUUGAAUGAUAAGGCGGGGGCGGGGAAGCAUUUUGUAUUGUUCUGCCCUCCCAGUCCAUUGAAUAACAUACAAAUCAACAUAUUUGUCAGUGUCAAAGUACCGUGAAGGCGAUUGCAAAAUGGGUAUCCUGGACACCGUUUUCAGGGAUCAUUUAGCAAAUUAUGUUUAUAUAUAUAUAGAGUACAUCCACCAAGGAGAUGGAGCGAUGAGAUUGGUUCAUGUGCAGGUGCUGGAUGGAUUGGAUGUUGCAUUGCAGGAUCGUGAAAGGUGGCUGUGACUUGGGGAAGCCAUUGUCCAGCAGGAGAUUGAUCAUGCUUGAUGGUGGUAUAAUAUAUUUAUCCUCCUCAGGUUGUUAUUCCAAUCUUGGAAAGUGUUUAUAUUUGUGAGAUUGUUUUGAACAAUUGUUAAAAUGGACAUGAUACCCAUAAUCGGGAUCCAGGUGAUAGCUAUAUUAACUACCUCCACUCUUUUGUGGAAACUUUACAGAAGGCUCUUGACAAAACAAACGAUAUUUCUUGUUGUAGCGUGGAGUCAACGGAACAUUAGUUUGAGAACACAAGCUGACACUGCCACUUUUACAUGCCAUAAAUCACAUUUCUAAGCAUUCCCCUCGGUCGAGUUUGAUGAUAUGGAACAAUGAGCUGUUUGGAUCAACAUUAGUUUUGGCCUGUCAACUUCUCCAGGAUAGUGUUAAUUAUUUCUCAUUGUUGCAUGAUGUACAGUUAAUGUUGGGUGCGGUGAUUAUGCUUUGCCACAUUUAAGUUAAUCGAAAUAUUUAGAGUACAAGUGAGCUGCAUACAUUUUUUAUUUUGUCAUUCACACACGAAAACAAACGUGUAAACAUCACUUUUAUUUUUAGUUCAUAUUGCAAUUGAACGAUGAAUAUGUAGAGUACUGUCUUUAUUUUCCAUUUUAUAAGGAAAUAACAAAGGAUGUUAGGUUUCUGUGGAGGUGUUUGCAGUUGUGAUGUAUAGCCCUCUGAUGUAUAUUUCUCACACUCCGGGUGUGUGCAGAGAAACGUAGGACAUCAUGCCAGACAACACACGGGGCAACCCGAAAAUACAUUGGAGAGCCAUGUGAAGCUUCUAAUUAUAUUUCUUAGAUAUGAAUGCGAAUUGUAUGCUUAAAGUAUAUAAAGCUAUUUGGAGAUUUUUACGUGUGAAUUUAAAGGGUAACAUUAAGUUUAUACAUUUCAGAUGGGAAUUCCACCCACAUUUCAUAUGGACAUUAGGGAUUAUUACAUUUUUUGCAUUUCAUAGCUUUGGUGGAUAUUGCAAGUAAACGUAAAAUUACAUGUAGUUAAGAUGAUAAUAACUUUUUAAAAUAAGCCUACAGUAGCUUAUGUUCAGAUAAAAAUUCAAACCAUGUGAAGUGUGUUGUACAGUAUUUCAGAGUUUAGAUGGACAUUAAAGUGGUUAUUGUAUAUCACAUUUCAAAUGGAAAAUGAAUUCAAGGUGAAUUAAACUUCUUUUGAAAACUCG